GACGCAGAGACGAUAAAGGCGCCGAGCACUGGGCGCGGGCUCGGGUUUCCGCUAGCCGCGCUGGGGUCUCGGGCCGCGCGCUGCUCCAGCUCCCAUUCCCGCGCGGCAACGCAGCACCUCCGGGCGCCUCAGUCGGAAGGGUGUUUGCAGGGAAAUCCUGGUCACUAAGAUGCUGCGGCAGGUUGUGGGCCAGAUACUGGGGAGCCCAGCCUAUGGCUGCUGGACAGCUGCCCCGCCGCUCAGGUUUCUGGGCACCUCCCCUCGGCAGAUUCCAGCAGAUAACAACUUUCACUCUGCCUCCUUCUCUGGAACAGACCAGCCACGUGUCCUAAUUACAGGGGGUCUUGGCCAGCUUGGAGUAGGGCUUGCUAACUUUUUGAGGAAACGAUUUGGGAAGGACAAUGUGAUUUUGUCUGACAUAAGGAAACCCCCCGAUCACAUCUUCCACAGCGGCCCGUUUAUUUAUUCCGACAUUCUGGAUUACAAGAAUCUUCGGGAGAUCGUGGUAAACAACCGCAUCACCUGGUUGUUUCAUUAUAGUGCUCUGCUCAGUGCCGUCGGGGAAGCGAACGUGUCCUUGGCCAGGGCCGUCAAUAUCACCGGAUUGCAUAACGUCCUGGAUGUCGCCGCAGAGCACAGUUUGCGAUUGUUUGUGCCUAGCACAAUCGGAGCUUUUGGACCUACUUCUCCCCGGAAUCCAACUCCCGAUCUCUGUGUGCAGAGGCCCAGGACCAUCUACGGGGUGUCCAAGGUCCACGCCGAGCUCAUGGGAGAAUAUUACCAUUACCGGUAUGGGUUAGAUUUCCGAUGCUUGAGAUAUCCUGGAAUUAUUUCGGCGGACUCCCAGCCUGGAGGAGGAACAACUGAUUAUGCAGUCCAGAUCUUCCACGAUGCCCUAAAGAAUGGCAAAUUUCAGUGCAACCUGAAACCCAGCACGAGGCUCCCAAUGAUGUAUAUUGAUGACUGCCUCAGGGCCACCCUGGAAGUCAUGGAGGCCCCGGCAGAGUCCCUCUCCAUGAGGACCUACAAUGUCAAUGCCAUGAGCUUCACCCCUGAGGACCUGGCCCAGGAGGUUCUCAAGCACAUACCAGAAUUCCAGAUCACGUACAACGUGGAUUCUGUUCGACAGGCCAUCGCGGAUAGUUGGCCGAUGAAUUUUGAUGACAGCAAUGCUCGGAAGGACUGGGGGUGGAAACACGAAUUUGAUCUUCCAGAGUUGGUGACAACGAUGUUGAACUUCCAUGGUUCUGAUACUAGAGUUGCCCAUGCUAACUGAGGGAAUUGGAAAGGAGAGCUCACGUGUCCCAGACCGCUGUCCAAGGAAAACCAUAAUGACCCCGAGGAAACUAGAUUAUCUGGAAUGGAAGGACUAAUUGGAUGAGAUUUUGGCAGCUCAUAUUGAACUGCCGGAUUGGAAAAUCAGGUUGGCUUUUGCAUUUUCAAAAUGCUGUAGGCUUGGUGGUAGGACUUCUAAACCUUUGCUAUUUGCCUAAACUUGCCCAAACACACAUAUCACAGAACGAAGACUUCAGUCAGAAUAAUUGCCAUUUCCUUAAUUCAGAUGAAUUAAGCAUUUUGGGGAAGGUGGAUAUAUGUGAUGUUUGUCUUGAAUUAAAUUUAAUUUAAAUAUCACUCCUAAGACUCCCAUUAUUCUCGUGACUAGAUACCAAAGAUUACAUUUUAAAGACUAUCAAAGAUGAUCUCCUAAUUUAAAUACUGUCCCAUCAGAACAUAAAUGUUUGCUGUAUAAUCCCAUGUUCAUAAUGAUCAAGAGAUCUUAACAUUUUUUCAAAAAUUAUUACUUGUAAUUUACUUUUCUGUAAAAAGAUAGAAAAUGAAGAAUAUCAAAAACAAUCUGGCUAGUAAUGGGGAGCACCUCUUAUUUGGAUUACCUUCCUGUUGGUGAGCUGAGUCUUGAUUAUCAGGAUGUUAAUUCUCUUCCCUGGCCAUGUCUGACUCCUGGAAGAGCUUAUGUAAAUAUGCAGGUGUCUGGGCUCCUCCCUUUCAAGUUGACUCAACAGAUGGGGAUGAGAAUCUCCAAAUGCCACCUGGUUAUUCUGUUCCAGCCACGGCCCACUGGAACAGGUUCCAAACUAUGGAACAGGUCCAUAGUUUUCUAAAGAGAACUUUUCUUGCUGCAGCCUUUUUUUUUAAAUAUAUACUCUUAGACUGAACUUUAAGGAAAGCUGCUCUAAACCCUUCUGAAGCAAUUCCUAUAUAAGUAUAUAGAGAUUUACUUUCUUCUAGCCACCUCCGAAGACCUGUGAAAUCAUUAGAGUGGAACUGCUCACGGGCAUAUUGGACAAAGUUAAUCAUGGACCAAAAGGCAUUUCUAUUAUGUGAUUAAUGACAGGCUUCUAUGUUUGGGAUUUUUAACUGCAGGGUGGAAACAUGACCUUUUUUGGAGGUUUAACUGGAUUUAAAGUCUAUUUAACUUUUGGGGCACCUGGGUGGCUCAGUUGGUUAAGAGUCCAAGUCUUGAUUCAGGAUCAUCAUUGAGUUCAAAC